UCCAAAACAUAAAAAUCACAUUUGAAAAUCACCCACCACAACCUUUAAACCCCACUCUUUCUUCAUUCCUUUGUAAAUCACACAGACAAAUCACAUGUAGCAAAUCAAAAUUGAACUCUACAAAAAAGAAUGUCUAGAUACAGCUGUAAAUCAUCACCCCACACAGUUCUUCAACUCUACAAGCAAAUUUCAAUCUAACUAUGCCAUGGCCAAACAAAUUACACUAACCCUUUUCUUGAUUCUCUGUAUUUUGCUGUCAAGAACAGUUUUUUCUGAUGAAUUUGUGUAUAAUGGCUUUAAUGGGGUUGAAGCUAGUAAUCUUACUGUAAAUGGGGUUGCUCAGAUUUUAAAGAAUGGUGCUUUAAAGCUCACAAAUGAAACAUCUAGAGUUGUUGGUCAUGCUUUUUACAAAAAUCCAAUUAAAUUCAAGAAUUCCCAAUAUGGUAAAGUUUCUUCCUUUUCUACUGCUUUUGCUUUUGGGAUUGUUCCUGAAUAUGCUAAGUUAGGUGGGCAUGGUUUUGCUUUUACAAUCUCAAGGAGUAAAGAGAUGAAAGGGGCUCUUCCUAGUCAGUAUUUAGGUCUUUUAAGUUCAAGUAAUGUUGGGAAUUUUUCAAAUCAUGUAUUUGCUGUUGAGUUUGAUACUGUUCAAGAUUUUGAAUUUGGUGAUAUUAGUGAUAAUCAUGUUGGUAUUGAUUUGAAUGAUUUGAAGUCUAAUGCUUCAGUAAAUGCUAGUUACUUCUCUGAAGGAAGUUUGAGUAAGCAGAAGCUUUUUCUUCAGAGUGGAAAGACAAUUCAAGCUUGGAUUGAUUAUGAUUCAAGUAGAAAUGUGUUGAAUGUUUCACUUUCACUUUCUUCAACAAAACCAGCUUUUUCAAUAUUGUCUUUCCCUGUGGACCUUUCUCUAGUUUUUGAGGAAUUUAUGUAUGUUGGAUUUUCUGCUUCAACUGGUUUGCUUGCUAGUUCACAUUAUAUAUUUGGUUGGAGUUUCAAUAUGAAUGGGAUAGCACAAUCUUUGGAUCUUGAUUCAUUGCCUUUUCUCCCUAAGCCUAAGAAGGAUCAAACAAUCUUGAUUGUAGCUACCGGGGUAUCGGCUGUUGUGUUUUUUGCAUUUGGACUCAUUUUAGCCUUUUAUGUCAUUUGGAAAAUCAAGAAAAUAGAUGUGAUUGAGCCUUGGGAACUUGAGAUAGGUCCACAUAGGUUUUCUUACAAGGAGUUAAAGAAGGCUACAAGGGGUUUUAGAGAUAAAGAGUUACUCGGGUUUGGUGGAUUUGGUCGAGUCUAUAAAGGAACAUUGCCUAAGACGAAUACUGUUGUUGCUGUUAAGCGAAUACAUCAUGAAGCAAAACAGGGUCUUCAAGAAUUUGUGUCUGAAAUCGCGACUAUUGGUCGCCUUAGACAUAGAAAUUUGGUUCAGCUUUUAGGAUGGUGUCGGCGAAGAGGUGAUUUGUUACUUGUUUAUGACUUUAUGUCUAAUGGAAGCUUAGAUAAAUACAUUUACGAUGAACCAAGAGUUACUUUAACUUGGGAUCAGAGGUUCAAGGUUAUUAAAGGUGUGGCUUCUGGUCUUUUGUAUUUACAUGAAGAAUGGGAACAAACAGUGAUCCAUAGAGAUAUUAAAGCAGGGAAUGUGUUGUUAGAUUCCGAUAUGAAUGGACGACUUGGAGAUUUCGGACUUGCUAAGUUAUAUGAGCAUGGAGAAAAUCCUAGCACAACAAGAGUAGUCGGUACGUUGGGUUACUUAGCUCCAGAAUUAACCAAGACCGGAAAGCCCACGACAAGUUCAGAUGUUUUUGCCUUUGGUGCGUUGCUGCUAGAAGUUGUUUGUGGGAGGCGGCCGAUUGAGGCAAAGGCAUUGCCUGAGGAGUUAAUCCUAGUGGAUUGGGUAUGGGAUAAAUGGAAUGAAGGUGCCAUUCUUGAAGUGGUUGACUCGAGAUUAAAUGGCGAGUAUGAUGAGAUGGAGGCCAUAAUGGUGCUUAAAUUAGGACUCAUGUGUUCAACUAAUACACCAUCUAAGAGACCUAGCACGAGGCUAGUGGUGAGAUACUUGGAAGGGGAGGUGACACUCCCAGAGACGCUGGCAGCUCCCGAUGAAUAUGAUGGAAAGAAGGGUGGUACUAGUGGUAUGGAGUUAGACGACUUCAUAGAUUCCUAUCCGUCUUCGUCUUAUUUUGAGAAAGUAAGUACAUGGUCAUCAGCUUAUGACGGUGAAGGCGAUAUAGAUAUUGAAGCUAAUUCAGUAACGCCAUUAACGGAUUCUGGCAGAGAGGACAACAGAUAGCAAUGCAAAAUGGAGGGACUAUUCUACUUGCCCUCCCAAACUCCCUCCAUAUUUUAGUAGUACUUUUUUAUGGUUUGAUUUUUGAUUUAGAUGUAAAUUAUGGCUUUUGAAAAGAAAAAUGAUAUUAGUAUCAACCAUUUCUAUGGUUUUGAGAAUAUUGGUGUUAGUAGGAUGUGAAUAUAUUUUUGCAAUCAAGACAAUUUUGAAUCUUGAUUAAGCUUUGUCCAUUUCUGAA